GGAAGCGGAUCAGCCGGCGGUGUAUUACGUGUGUGCUUGCGCGCGUGUAUAUAGAUGCCGGAAUAAUUCGAUCGGGUCGCUGUGCAAAUGAUUUUGUCGGGAGAAAAAUACCCCCAGCCUGACCCUGUUUCAAUAUACUUUGUUUAAUUAACACAUCUCAUGACAAUAUUGCUAUUUGUCAUCCCAUUUACAGAAAUGACACAAUUUCAUCCGGACUGCAGUGUACAGCCCCGGUGAUGCUGAUGCUCAUGGUGUAUUAUUCCACGCACCCUGCGCAGUGAAUCGUGCUUAAUCAGUUGACAAUGGUCGUUGGUUGUUUAGUUACGUUGUGGUUGGAAAGUGGAGCAAUAUUAUUUUAGUGUAUACGUUUCCACUUGAAGUAUCCUUACCCGGUACAUGUUGCUGGUUUUUGGGACUAUUCGCUCUGUACAUACCCUGACAAUUUCACUUCCGGUCCACGAGCCGCUACGGAUUUACUUGUCCGCCUGAUCCCCCCUCACGAUCAUCCUUAUGUUCGUAUCGCACUUCGAUAAACCUCCGCUGAUCUUUGCACCGUCGCCCUUCAUGAUUGACGAAAUGUACCGGAGUGUGCGGCAACAUUGUUAUCUGUGCGAUUUGCCACGCUAUCCCUGGGCCAUGUUGCUGGAGUUCUCGGAGGCCGUCUGCCGCGGCUGCGUCAACUACGAGGGCCCCGACCGCAUCGAGCACGUCAUCGAGGAUGUCCGCCAGAUGAAGCGCGUGGCGGGCGUCCACGACAGUGGCGGGGGCGGGGCGCCCCCGCCGCCCACUUCCCGCCCCGCCAACGGGGUGGGGGCGCCGCCCCCGUCCAACAAGCACCCGCCCAAUUAUCCCCGCAAUCCCCAUGAAAUGCAGAAUGGAGAAUCGCGAUCCGGACCGCCGCAUUCGGGACCCACCCGCGGCGGAGGGAUCGUCACCCAGAACCCGGUCGUCCACCAUGAGCGCUACGGGAUGGAUGUGCGCGGGGUGCCCCAACCGCCUCCGGCCCCCAGCGGACGACACCCCCAGAGCGGCCCGCCGCCCAUGCCGCCCAAUGGACCGGUCCGCGGCGACUUCGGGAUGAUGAACGGCGGACCGAACGUGGUGGAGCAUCCCGGCGUCAUGGUGCCGCUGGACCGGAGGGGCUCCGGGAUGGGACCGGUGCUGGGACCGCUGCCCCGGUUGCCGCCCAUUCAACCGCCGCCGAUGCCGGUACCUGGAAUCCGGUCGGGAAUACCUCCACAGUCACACGGACAUGGACUUCAGGGCAUUCCAGGCGGAAAUAUUUACCCAGGUCCCGGGCACGCCUCAGUAGUCCAGGCGAAACGCUCGCAUCCCAUGGAGCGCGACGAGGAUAUGCUGCAUCCGCACCGCAACAGUCCGCCGUCGAUGAUGGAGAUGCCGGCACCCAGCAGUGCCAAGCGUCCCCACAUGGAAAUGCCGCAGUUGAGCCUGAGCAGCAGUAAUUCAUCGGGCUCCUCCGGUUCUCAUCCUGAUCUCAUGCUGCGCUCCCUACCCAAAGAAUCCUCCGGGACGACGGAUAAUAUCCGUAUAAGGAAGGAGCAUUUGUUGGCCGGCACACCGCGCAACGCUAUGCCGAUGCACAUGGAACCACCACAAUUAAUUAAACCCCCGGUGUCGAUCGCCACGAGUCCCCCAAUGUCCCUACCGAGUGCCAUUUCAGCACUAAGCACCAACAUCAGCCUCAGUACACCGUCCAAUAGCGGAAGUGCUUUAUCUCAUGCUCAAUCACCAAUGAGUUCCAAUGGAAGUUCACGAGGCAGUCCACCGGAAAUGGCUAACCAUUCCGCAUCAGCACCCCCCACCCUGUCCCCGACCGGCGGCAGCAGCUCGGUGCUGUCGGUCGCCGAUCGUCCCAUCAUCACGCAUUCGCCCGCCCACCAUCCGCUGCCCACCAGUUCCCCCAUUGAACGGAUGGAAUCACCGCACGUCACCAGCCGGCCCUACACGACCCAUCUGACACACGGCCCACGCAAAUCCAUCAGUCAGGAGGAGCGGCCCACCAUGGUGGCCAUGGGCGGCCGCGAGGCCUCCCCCUCCACGGCCUCCUCACCGGCCAGCGGAAUCAGUGGAGCCGGCGGCGCCACCGGCACGGGAGCCUCCACACAGCUGCUGCGCUGUACGAUCUGCCAUGAACGCCUGGAGGACACGCAUUUCGUACAGUGCCCCUCGGUGGCGCAUCACAAAUUCUGCUUUCCCUGCUCGCGGAAUAGUAUUAAGAAACAGGGAGCCGGUAAUGAUGUCUACUGUCCCAGCGGCGAAAGAUGUCCCCUGGUCGGCUCACAGGUACCGUGGGCAUUUAUGCAAGAGGAGAUCGCCACAAUACUGGGAGAGGACUACAAACCAGCCAAGAAGGAGCGCGAUUCUGCCGACUAGUUGAAAGUGCACACUAUUCUGACAACCUUCCCGUUUCCCGCAAAGAGGAAACAGCGGAUCGGUCGGCACGCGGUCCCUGGUGACCUUUACCACAACCACACACCCAACCCAUACCGUCCCUGUGUUGACAUAGGCUCUCCUAUCGGUCUACAGUAUUUUGUAUUUUGUACAUAAUUUACAAGCGGACACGUCUCUUGGAGGGAAAUCAAGACAAGCGGGGAAAAAACAAGAUGAGGAAAGUUUUUCUUUAAGAAAACCAUUCAUGGCGGUUAUAUAAUUAUUAAUUUUGGUAAAUUUUUGGAAGCUAGUUGGUUUUUUGUUCCGGUUACGGAUCUUCUGAUGGAAAAAUGGAACUGGUUUUUUUGUUUGUAAGAGUAUUUUAUGUUUAAGAAGGCGGCGGUAUUCUGGAAGUGGAUGGCUUUUUUAGUUUUUCUUGUUAAGACGUUUUCUACAUUUUGUCGGGGUUCGUUUUAGACUGGUCACUGUAAACUUCUAUUGCUAGAGUUUUGUGUUUCUUUUAAAAAAGUUAGUUUUUCUCAGUGUUUUUAGUGUCAUAUUUGUGCAAUAAAGUUAUUAUGUUUUA